AUGUCUUUGCCGGUAGGGGAUCCGACUGAUCCUAGCCUUCCGAAACCCGUCGACGGCAAAGUUGCUUCUCGGAAUCCGUGGGCGGAAGCAUUCAAGACACUGGAUGUCGACGAACAAAAGCGAUAUAAUCAAACAGAAAACGAUCUCUUGGGUAUCCUGGCGCUGAUCCGAACAGAUACAGAAAUCAACAAAAAGCGAUGUCUAGAAAAGGGUUGGACGGCCUAUCGCAACAAGAACGGGGAUGAAGUGAAGCUUCGGCAUGUCCUAGAGAAGAUUUCCAUGUGGGUUACAGAAAUUAUUAGAGUUAUCGAUGUUGGAGUCUCCUUCGACAAGAGUGGCCAAGCAGCCUUGCCCUGGGCAGCGAUAAAAUAUCUGAUCACGGUCGGGACGAACGACAUCGAACAGUUCAGCCAUAUGAGCGAAGCCGUGGAGUCAAUCUCCGGCCUCAUUACGCGGUACACAGUCUUCGAGAAGCUUUACCUCCAUGAGGAUUGCGAAUCCACGCCGAAGCUUUAUGAGUCCAUCUGCGAGCUCUACGCAGCGAUACUGCGUUAUUUAUCCAAGGCGAAAGCAUACUUCAGCGGGAACUCUCUACGUACCGUAAGUCUUUGCCUGCCGUCAAUCCAAUCGAUCGCUGCUGAAUCUCUGAAAGUUCAACGGAAGUUGGCAAAAGAUGCCUUAGAACGCUAUGAGACGCUAAAAAGAACCCUAUUGCAUAAGCUCGACCAGCCUAUCAUGCAAAUAGCUGAUCAGAUGUCGAUUCUCCAGGACAGAUUUAACCGGGAAGAGCGAAUAAAGGUAUUCCAGUGGAUGUCCAAAAUCGAAUACAGAAAACACCACGAAGAUCUUUCGAAAGACUUGUUACCUCGAUCUGGCCAAUGGCUGCUACAGAGCCGUGAAUAUAUCGAAUGGGGUCAGUCGAGUGUAUCUUCUAUGUUCUGGCUCCAUGGUAUCCCUGGAUCAGGGAAAACGAAACUCGUAUCGACCGUCAUUAACAACAUGUUUGAAGCCCACUCGGCUUUGAGCGCACCUCCGAUUGCCUUUUUCUACUGUGUAAGAAACGAAGCCGAGAGAGAACGUGCCAUACCGGUUGAGAUUAUGCGGGCUAUACUUAGACAGCUUGCCAGCACAAAGCCAGAUAUGCCUAUUAAAGAGCCAGUUGCCAAGGAAUAUGAAAAUCGCAAGAGAAAGGCCGAUGAAGAUUGCUCAAGUCUCAGAGAGUUGACGAUUGAAGAUUGUACCAGGCUCAUUCUAGCACUCACAAACGACAGGCCUGCAACAAUCAUUAUUGAUGCCCUGGAUGAAUGCGACCGAUACAUACGCCACGAGCUGCUUGAAGCGCUAGAUGAGAUAGUGAGUAAAUCUGUCGAGGUGGUGAAGGUAUUUGUCUCGAGCCGUGACGAUGUUGAUAUCCAACUUCAUCUAGAGAGGUCGAGGUCUCGAAACAUCUCCAUCAGCGCCAGUCAGAACGGUCCAGAUAUCCAACGGUUUAUCGAUUCAGAACUGGAAAGGUUAAUUACCAAAAAGCUUCUAUUGCGUGGCAAGGUAUCCAAGGAACUCAGAAGUAGAAUUACCAAAGUUCUGAACGAGGGUGCUCAGGGGAUGUUCCGGUGGGUAGCUUUAUCGCUUGACGUUUUGAAACGAAUACCAUUCAAAGCAGACUUCGAAAAUGCCUUGGGCCAACUUCCUCGUACACUUUCCGAUCUUUACGACAAAAUCUACCACCAGAUCGAGGAAACUGAGACUUAUGGACGCAGAGUGGCAGUUAUGGCGUUGAAGUGGCUUCUUUGUGCACAACGUCUAUUGUCUGUAUCGGAGCUUAUUGCUGCUAUUUCUAUGAACCUUGAAGAUACGACCGGAUCACCAACCGGCACCCACGAAGAUCCAAGCCACAAGCGAGACUCGUCAUCAGAAACGGACUUAGAGGACGGCUCUGACUCAAUAUUGCCAUCUGAUGUUGCUUUGUUAUGCAAUAACUUGGUGGUUAUUGACACAGAGCUGAAUGUCUUCCGCUUCGCACACCAAUCCGUGCGAGAGUAUUUGCGAAGUCGGAAAGAAUAUACAGAUGCGGAGCUGCAUGUGCUUGCUACGGAGAGAUGUUUGGACGUAUAUCUGGCUAGGGCGCCGCCAAGAUUUGGUGUGGCCAAUGUUGGUUGGGAAGAUCCUCUCAGGAGGUAUGCCAAAUUCUACUGGCCUGUCCAUUACAAAUUGGCAGAGAAUCACAUGUCUUUGAAACUAAGGAAGAAGGUAUUGCCAUUCUUUCUGCAAGAAUCAAAGGUUUCUCCACUAUAUGUGGCGUGGGCGGAGGAUAUCACAUGGCACCGAUCCGGCUACAGGAUAAAUGAUCUAUUGGGGUUGGAUUACGGUGACCGUCUAGGCUAUCGACUGUGGUCUGCAUCUUAUUCACCGCCUACACCGCUCAGUAUAGCAUGCGCUUUUGGGCUUCAGUCUUUGGUGAAUGACUUCGACGUUCUAUCGUCUGUUGAUUGGAGUCGGCAGCUAUCAAGUGACAAUAUAGCAGGCCGUUCACGUACGUUGCUCAAUAUUGCUGCAGAAGAAGGCCAAACACCAACGGUGCAACGGCUGCUGGAGAAAGGUGUCGAUCCGGAUUCCAAGGAUGAGGACGGCCUGACGGCAUUAUCGCAGGCAGCGGAGAACGGGCAUGAGGCGGUGAAUGGGCAUGAGGCGGUGGUCAAACUGUUGCUCGAGAAGGGCGCCGAUCUCGAGUCGCGAGACGAGAAAUACGGCCAGACACCGCUAUUGUGGGCAGCAGAGAACGGGCAUGAGGCGGUGGUUAGGCUAUUGCUCGAGAAGGGCGCCGACCUCGAGUCAGAAGACAAAGAAUACGGAAAAGAGCAAUUAUUAGUAGCUACGCAGUAUGGCCACGAGACGAUAGUGAAGCUACUACUCGAGAAGGGCGCCGACCUCGAGUCGAUAGACAAGGAAAAUAGCCAGACACCACUGUCGUGGGCAGCACGGAACGGGCACGAGGCAGUAGUUAAGCUACUACUCGAGAAGGGCGCCGACCUCGAGUCGAGAGACAAGGAAGACGGCCAGACACCGCUGUCAUGGGCAGCGCAGAACAGGCAUGAAGCAGUAGUCAAGCUACUACUUGAGAAGGGCGCCGACCUCGAGUCCAGAGAUAAAGAAUAUGAUAAAGAGCAAUUAUUAUUGGCUAUCCAGUACGGCUACGAGACGAUAGUGAAGCUACUACUCGGGAAGGGAGCCGACCUCGAGUCGAAAGACAAGGAAGAUAGCCAGACACCGCUAUUAUCGGCAGCACAGAACGGGCAUGAGGCGGUGGUUAAGCUACUACUCGAAAAGGGCGCCGACAUUAGGUUAAGAGACGAGGAGUAUAGCCAGACAUUACUAUCGUGGGCAGCACGGAACGGGCAUGAGGCGGUGGUCAAGCUACUACUCGAGAAGGGCGCCGACCUCGAGUCGAAAGAUAAGGAGUAUGGCCAGGCACCACUGUCGUGGGCAGCAAAGAACGGGCAUGAGGCGGUAGUCAAGCUACUACUCGAGAAGGGCCCAGACCUCGAGUCGAGAGACAAGAAAUACGGCCAGACACCACUGUCGUGGGCAGCAGAGAACGGACAUGAGGCGGUGGUCAAGCUGUUGCUCGAGAAGGGCGCCGACCUCGAGUCGAGAGACAAGAAAGACGGCCAGACACCACUGUCGUGGGCAGCAGAGAACGGACAUGAGGCGGUGGGCGCCGACCUCGAGUCGACAGACAAGGACGGCGCAACACCGCUGUUGUGGGCAACACUGAAACGGAAUGCGAAGAUGAUCACGCUGUUAUUUGAGAAGGGCGCCCGCGAGAGUUAUGGGCGACCCACUUUGCGUGCGGAAUAA